ACGAGGCGUUGUGGCGAGGUGGGUGUCAUGGCGGCCCCCUGUCCCGGCGGUGUCGGGUCGGUGAGGCGGUUGGUAGCUCGUGGAAUCUGGCGCUCGUCGCCAUGGAGAGCGCCCGCGCUCGGCCGCCAGUUGCCAGCGAGCCCGGGCACGCGGCGAAAUCAUCAGCAGGCUUGGGCCAGCAUGUCCGAGAGUGGCCGAGUGGCAGUGGAUCUGGGCAGCAGGAAGCUUGAAAUUUCCACAGGGAAGCUUGCUCGGUUUGCAGAUGGAUGUGCUAUGGUGCAGUUGGGAGACACAUCAGUGAUGGUUACAGCUGUCAGUAAAACAAAGCCUACUGCAUCCCAAUUUAUGCCAUUAGUGGUUGAUUAUCGUCAGAAAGCUGCUGCAGCGGGAAGAAUACCUACAACAUAUUUACGAAGAGAUUUGGGCUACACAGAUAAUGAGAUUUUAACCAGCAGAGUAAUUGAUCGUUCAAUCAGGCCACUAUUUCCUUCAGGCUACUUUUAUGAUACACAGGUUAUUUGCAAUCUCCUUGCAGUCGAUGGCAUCAAUGAUCCUGACAUUCUUGCAAUCAAUGGAGCUUCUGCAGCCUUGGCGUUGUCUGACAUUCCUUGGAAUGGUCCCAUAGGUGCUGUAAGAGUUGGUUUUGUCGAUGGAGAAGUUGUAAUUAACCCAACUCGAAAAGAAAUGGCAUUGAGCACAUUGAACUUGGUUCUGGCUGGAGCAUCUCAGAGCCAAGUAGUCAUGAUGGAAGCAGCAGCGGAGAACAUAUUACAACAGGAUUUUUGUCAUGCUGUCAAAAUUGGUGUAAAACAUACUCAACAGAUCAUCCAGUCCAUUCAGCAACUGGCAAGCAAGCAUGGAAAUUCCAAAAGAACACCUCAGAAGUCGUUCAUUCCAUCCAGGGAAAUAGUUGAAAAUGCAAGACAGCUUGCUUCAGAGAAGAUCCGUGAAGUAUUUAAAGAUUUUACUCAUGAUAAAAUAUCCAGAGAUGAUGCUAUUAACAAAAUCAGACUUGAAACAGAAGAACAGUUACGAGAGAAGUUUUCUGAUGUUGAUUCAUUUGACAUUAUGGAGGCUUUUAAUAUGGUUUCCAAAGAGAUUUUCAGAAAUAUGAUCAUGAAUGAAUACGUAAGAUGUGAUGGCAGAGAUUUGAGAUCCAUUCGGAACAUUAAUUGUGAAGUUGAUCUCUAUAAGCCUCUUCAUGGAUCUGCACUGUUUCAGAGAGGACAGACACAGGUCUUGUGUACAGUAACCUUUGAUUCUAUUGAAUCAAGUGUAAAAACUGACCAUAUCACCACUCUAAUAAGUGGAGUGAAAGAGAAAAAUUUCAUGCUGCACUAUGAGUUUCCACCUUAUGCAACUAAUGAAACUGGAAAAUUAGUUGGUCAAAAUAGGAGAGAACUAGGCCAUGGUGCUCUUGCUGAAAAAGCAUUGAAAUCUGUGAUUCCAAAGGAAUUUCCAUUUACAAUAAGGGUAACAUCAGAAGUCCUAGAAUCCAAUGGUUCAUCUUCAAUGGCAUCAGUAUGUGGAGGAAGUAUGGCAUUGAUGGACGCAGGUGUUCCGAUAUCAGCUCCUGUGGCUGGUGUGGCUGUUGGCCUUGUCACAAUGGCAAAACCAGAGAGUCCUAACAGCAUUGAGGAUUACCGUCUUUUGACUGAUAUUUUGGGUAUUGAAGAUUAUAAUGGAGAUAUGGAUUUUAAGAUGGCAGGUACCAGCAAAGGCAUUACAGCUUUGCAGGCAGACAUUAAAAUAGCAGGAUUGCCAUUGAAAAUUGUGAUGGAAGCUGUCCAGCAAGCUUCGGUUGCCAAGAAGGAGAUCUUGAACAUAAUGAAUAAAGUGAUUGCAAAACCCAGAGAGAAGAGGAAAGAAAACGGGCCUGUAGUCGAAACUGUGCAGGUUCCAUUAUCAAAAAGAGCCAGAUUUAUUGGUCCAGGUGGUUACAAUCUUAGAAAACUUCGGGCUGAAACUGGUGUUACAGUAUCUCAGAUUGAUGAAGAAACGUUUUCAGUAUUUGCACCAACUCCAAAUGCUAUGCAUGAAGCGAGUGAAUUAAUUAAUGAACUCUGCAAGGAUGAUCAAGAACAGCAACUAGAAUUUGGAGCAGUUUACACUGCCACCAUAACUGAAAUACGGGACAUUGGAGUUAUGGUAAAGCUAUAUUCCAAUAUGACUCCAGUAUUAUUACACAAUUCACAACUUGACCUCAGAAAGAUAAAGCAUCCAACUGCAAUUGGUCUGGAAGUUGGACAACAGAUUCAGGUGAAAUAUUUUGGUCGUGACCCAACAGAUGGAAGAAUGAGACUCUCCCGCAAAGUCUUACAAUCUCCAGUUACAACAGUGGUUAAAAACCUGAGUGACAAAAACAGCAUUGUAGUAGGGGCAAGGGAUUCUGCAUCAUCCAGCGCCUCCUCGUAACCACAUGCAAAUUGUCUAUGCUCAUGGUAAAACUUUAAAUCAUCUAACAAACAAUUCUUUAAUCUCAACAGGCAUUUAUUUUAAAAUGAAGAUUAAAAUAUUUGUAAAAUAUGUAUAUUUUCUACGUUUGCUAGCUCAACAUUUAUUUACAUUUCUUUUAUGAUUUUGUUCGUGAGAAAUUGUAGGUAUCAUGUUUUUAUGGAAUAAAAUACUGAUAUGGGAAGGUUUGAGCGGGUUUAUUAUGCUCAUUGCCAAAAUACCAAGGAAAUAAAAAGAUUAAGAUGAAGCAAAAAUA